UCACCAUGGGGACAAUUUUCUUUUGUUAACGUGGUCUUGCUUCGGUGCUUCCGCAGCAAAUCUUAGACCAAUCUUGCCGCCAUCGUUCAAUUUCUCUCUGCAUUCAACCAUUUUCCACGAGUAAAACACCCAUACUUCAAUUUUCUAAGCAUUCGUUCAUUAUGUCAACUCAUACUCUUUCCCUCGCUAUAUCUCUUCUUUCUGUCUCUGUGUCAAAUUCUAAGUUCUGAACUCAUACAGGUCACCUUUUUGAGAGAGGGUCAGCAGCUCUCUCUUUUGGUCUAAAUUUGAACCCAGACAAUUCCUAUCGUUACCCUCAUUGUUCCAUAUGGAGAGAACCCAGGAAAUUGCACUGACCCAGAUGAGGAAAUCAGUGGAGAAGCUUGGCUCUUGCACCCAGAGGUAUGGGGACCCAACAUUAAUCAGAUUCUUGAUUGCAAGAUCAAUGGACCCAGAAAAGGCUGCUAAGAUGUUUGUACAGUGGCAAAAAUGGAGGGCUGCUUUUGUUCCAAAUGGGUUUAUCCCAGAUUCUGAAGUUCAAAAUGAAUUAGAAACAAGAAAGAUAUAUUUGCAAGGUUUAUCGAAAGAGAGAAAUCCAGUGUUGAUUGCGAAAGCAAACAAGCACUUUCCAUCAAAGGAUCAUCUCCAAUUCAAGAAGUUCGUGGUUCAUUUGCUAGACAAAGCAAUUGCAAGCGCAUUCAAAGGAAGAGAAAUAGGAAAUGAGAAGUUGGUUGUUGUUCUUGAUCUGCAACAAAUAACGUAUAGGAACAUUGAUGUGCGCGGGUUUGCUGCUGGAUUUCAAUUUUUGCAGGCUUACUAUCCAGAGCGUCUGGCGAAGUUCUUCAUUUUAAAUAUGCCACGAUUCUUCAUCAGUGUUUGGAAGAUGAUUUCUCGAUUCCUAGAGAAAGCAACACUGGAAAAGAUUGUGAUUGUUAGCAAAGAAGAAGAAAGAACAACUCUUAAUAAGGAAAUUGGUGACGAAGUCUUACCAGAAGAGUAUGGUGGUCGAGCCAAUCUUGUAGCUCUCCAAGAUGUCACACUGCCCUUAUUAGAGGAUUGAUCCUAAAAUAGAUCAAAAGGGAGGCUGCAAAUGUUGCCUCUAUAAAAGGAUUGAUACUAACACAGGUUAAAAAGGUGGCUGCUACAGAGUGCAAUUCUUUUGCCCAUCUGAUAAGAUCUAUGAUAAGAGGUAAUCUUCACCCUUUUCAUAACUCCUCCUAAUAAGCUGCAUAACAGAGUACUUCUUACUGUAACUCCCCUGUCCACAUCUAGUGGGACUCGAAUUUAAGAUCUCUUGGUGGACUUCCCAAUCCCAAAUACUCAGUACUGGAUUUUCCAUAUGAGAAUGGCAGAGUUCAUAGUCAUUCUAUGCAUGAAUGAAAUAAUUAUUGGCAAUAUCAGGGUUAAUUCUAAUUUAAAUACAUUUUCAUCAA